AAAGCGCAUAAUCACCUCCAACCUUCUCUUUUCAUCUCGUAUCUGAAACAAACUCCAAAACCAAAGCGAAAAAUAAUACAAUGGUCGACGUAGACCGUAGACUGAAUCCGGCUCACUUAGCCGGUCUAAGACGCCUCUCCGCUCGAGCCGCUUCAGUUUCUUCAACCACCAAACGUUACACUCUUCAGUCAUUAUCUUCUCUUUCCGAUAAGCUCAUAACCCACCUCCGUAACUCAGGCAUAGAGGUUCAAUCGGGUCUCUCCGACGUCGAGUUUGCUCGAGCCGAGGCGGAGUUCGGCUUCGUGUUCCCACCGGACCUCCGAGCCGUCCUCGCUGCCGGCUUGCCCGUUGGAGCUGGAUUCCCAGACUGGCGCGCCGCUGGAGCUCGGCUUCACUUACGCGCCAUAAUGGACUUGCCCGUGGCUGCUAUUUCGCUACAAAUCGCGAGGAACGCGCUUUGGUCCCGGUGCUGGGGCCCAAGGCCCACAGUGCCGGAAAAGGCCUUGCAAGUGGCGAGGAACGCGCUCAAGAGAGCACCACUCUUGAUUCCCAUCUUUAACCAUUGCUACGUUCCGUGCAACCCCUCCCUCGCGGGAAACCCCGUCUUCUUCGUCGACGAGAAUCGAAUCUUCUGCUGCGGCUUUGACCUCGCGGAUUUUUUCCAGCGAGAGUCGCUGUUUCGGAGCUCUGGUUUCAAUUCGGAUACUCUGGUUCUCAAGAAGCAGAGAUCCGUCGCCGAUAAACCCUCCGUUAAAUGUUCCGUUUCUGAGUUGUCGCGGCGGAGCCUCGAUGUUGGAAGGAGGACGCCCCGGUGGGUGGAGUUUUGGAGCGACGCCGCCGUGGAGCACCGCCGGAGAGUUUCGUCGCCGUCGGCAGCGGAGAGGUUCGUCGAGAUUCGGCGAUGGGAGGUGCCGAAGUGGGUGGAGGAGUAUAUAGGGAAGAUGGGAUCGGUGUUGAGGGAAGGAGGGUGGAGCGAAUCGGAUGUAUCCGAAAUGGUGGAAGUUUCGGGUUCGGAUUUUUUUGAAGGGGAUAUGGUUUUGUUCGAUAAUCAAGGCAUUUUGGAUGCUCUUCUCUUAAAAACAGAUAGGUUUUCGGAUUCGCUCCGAAAAUCUGGGUGGAGCUCCGAAGAGGUUUCGGAUGCGUUAGGAUUCGAUUUCCGACCGGGGAAGGGACGGAGACCGCCUAAGAAGUUGUCCCCUGAACUGGUGGAGAGAAUAGGGAAACUGGCCGAAUCGGUUUCUCGGUCAUGA